AUGGGGACCGAAGUCGACCCUGCAGCACCCUUUGUGCAUCUCCACCUUCUGAAUGGCGGAAGCUUGAUAGCAACGACGAAGGGCAUCCACCACAACGUCGACAUCGAUGAAUCGUUUCGACUGUACGAUUGGGCCUUUUACAUCCACGAGCCGCACAGUGGGCGACAUGUGCUCUGGGACGUUGGCAUUUCACAAGAUAGGCAAGACUACAUCCCUUCCAUCAGGAAAAUCAUGGAUUUCAUGUCUUGCGUCGGCCCAGAAAGAAGCCUCGUGGAGCAGCUCAUAUCUCUGGGCGUGAAAGCGGAGGACGUCGAUGCUGUUUUCUUCAGGUAUACAAUAUCCAUUGUCAGCAUCUCAAGACCUGUAAAUGGCCACGCACACUUCGACCACGCACGCCCCAUCGCGAAUGAGUUUCCUCGCGCUCACGGAUAUUUCGGGCCCGGCACGGCCGACGAAUGUAGGUCGAAGAUGGAACCACACAAUACCGAUCCAUCGAUAUCACACAAAUACGAUCCGCGGAUGUUCGAGCCAGAGGUUUCGAAAGAACGCUGGUCGGAGCUUCCAGGCCCCUGGGUCCCGUUUGGCGUGUUCGAUCGCGCCAUGGACGUCUUUGGCAAUGGCAGUUUCUGGAUCAUCCAAGCACCAGGGCACAUGCCGGGUAAUCUGUGUGCGGCGGUUCGCGUCGAGGGAGGGGAGUGGGUGCUGCUUGGCUCGGAUUGUGCACAUAGCAAGGCCUUGAUCGAUGGGACACAUGAGAUUGCAGUGGAUCAUUUACCGGAUGGGUCGAUGCGGUGUAUUCAUCAGGAUGUCCCUGCUGCCGUAGACACCAUCUCUCAGAUCCGUGAGAUGGAGAAAUCUCAUGGUUUUCAUAUUGCUUUGGCGCAUGAUGCGACCUGGAUGACGGCUGCGGUGAGGGAUGAGGUCUUGUUCGGUAUGUUGGACGAGGACUUUCGCACGCAUAUUGACUUGCACAUUGCGAAGGAUGAACCUUUCUGA